ACAAAAUUAGGAGGAACAAGACACUCAACACUGUUCACUGCUGAUUCAGCCCCAAACACACACACACACACACACAAAAACCUGAGAUCUGUCGAUCUCAUGGUGUACAAUGUUUUUCGAUGAGCAAUUCUUUUGAUUUCAUUCGAAAGUUGUAAUCUUUUUUAUAUACAAACAUCAUUGGAUUGAAGAGAAAAUUGAAAAGGGGGGAAAAUGAGUGGAUCUCUGAUAAGUUCGAGGGCAUUUGAUUGGUAUACAGGGCAGAUGAUAAUUAUAGCCCUUUUGGUAAUGGUGGGUUCUUUUUACACUGGUACACUUUUUGGUGAAAACCCAUCUCUCUAUAUCCAUCAAGAACAGCAGCAAAGUGAAAAUCUCACUGCUGAUUCCAACCCCAUUUCUUCAGAGUCAUCCUCUGGUAUUCUGAAGUUCAGGAACAAGAUUGCUCUUUCUUAUCGGGUGGUACCUCUCACUAUCCCUGAAACUGGGAUAAAUGUAUGUCCUCUGAAAUUUAAUGAGUAUAUCCCCUGUCAUGACAUUUCUUAUGUUAAAGAGUUGAUGCCAAAAUUAGAUCUUUCAAGGAAAGAAGAGCUAGAGAGGCACUGUCCUCCACUUGACAGGCGCUUGUUUUGUUUGGUUCCACCUCCAGCUGAUUAUAAGAUACCAAUAAGGUGGCCAACUAGCAGAGACUAUGUAUGGCGGAGUAAUAUAAACCAUACACGUCUUGCGGAGGUAAAAGGAGGACAAAAUUGGGUACAUGAGAAGGAUCAGCUUUGGUGGUUUCCAGGCGGUGGAACUCAUUUUAAGCAUGGAGCUACAGAAUAUAUUGAGAGAUUAGGAAAUAUGACAACUGAUGAGACAGGUGACUUGCGUGCGGCAGGGGUAUAUCAAGUGCUUGAUGUUGGUUGUGGGGUUGCCAGUUUCUCUGCUUAUCUUCUUCCACUUAACAUAGAAACACUGUCUUUUGCUCCCAAAGAUGGUCAUGAAAAUCAAAUUCAAUUUGCUUUGGAACGAGGAAUCGAUGCUAUGAUAUCUGCUAUAGCUACAAAGCAGCUACCGUAUCCAAGUAACUCUUUUGACAUGGUCCAUUGUUCCAGAUGUCGAGUUGAUUGGCAUGAGAAUGGUGAGUAUUUCUUUCAUUAAACAUGCGAACCUUGU